AUCUAAUCAGAGCUCGACUCUGCCAAUCAGCCUUACCUCUGCGAUGCUGCUGUGCCAUGCGUGGCGCCACUCUCCAAUCUUAUAUCCUUACCGGCGCUGCACCGCACUGCAGCAUAGUGUGUUCUAGUCUUGCCCUUUGCUCUUCGCUGUGUUCCCCCCUCUCCGCUCUAUUCGUCGAAACAAUGGCGGCCGCCACUGCAUGCGCUUCGACCACCUUCGCCGGGCAGUCUCUGCUCCGGCCUGCCAAUGAGCUCGCCCAGAAGGUGGGUUCCAACCAGGCCCGCGUCGUGAUGAGGGGCAGCAAGUCCAGCAGCGGCAGCAUGUGGUACGGUCCCGACAGGCCCCUGUUCUUGGGUCCUUUCUCCGGUAACACCCCCUCCUACUUGAAGGGCGAGUUCCCUGGUGACUACGGAUGGGACACUGCUGGACUCUCCGCCGACCCCGAGUCAUUUGCCCGGAACCGUGCUCUUGAGUUGAUUCAUGGAAGAUGGGCUAUGCUCGGAGCCCUUGGCUGCAUCACCCCCGAGCUUCUCCAGAAGUACUCCCGUGUGACUCUCAAGGAGCCAGUAUGGUUCAAGGCCGGUGCUCAGAUCUUCAGCGAUGGUGGUUUGGACUACCUCGGCAACCCCAACCUCAUCCACGCUCAGAGCAUUCUCGCUGUGUGGGCCGUCCAGGUCGUACUCAUGGGCGCAGUUGAGGCAUACCGAACCAAUGGUCUUCCCGGAGUCGGUGAGGGUGGCGACCUUUACCCCGGAGGCAAGUACUUCGACCCCUUGGGUUUGGCUGACGACCCCGAGACUCUCGCUGAGUUGAAGGUGAAGGAGCUCAAGAACGGCCGUCUGGCUAUGUUCUCUAUGUUCGGAUUCUUUGUCCAAGCCAUUGUGACCGGAAAGGGCCCCCUGGAGAACUUGUUGGAUCACCUCGCCAACCCUGUUUCCAACAACGCUUGGGCUUUCGCCACCAACUUCACCCCCGGGAACUAGAUUAAGUAAGAUUGUGGUCGACUAGUAUCUGUCCAUUGUAUGGCUGCGUUGCAAGAAGCUGUAACAUAGAGGUAGCCGUUUCUGAUGUCCGUGCUGUUUGCUCCUUCAUGUAAAUGUCGAUUUGUCAGGAAAAUGGAUCCUCAUUCCUCCACUUACGCUUUCCCCACAGGCAGAUCUGUUAUAAAGGUUUCGAAUUUAACUAGUCAUCAUAGUUGAUACCUAAAUCACAAUCAACUAUGAUGACUAUGACGAAUUUGAUUUUGGUACUCUA